AUAGACUUUAUUUACAUUUUUGACAGGCAUGCAUUUUAAAGCAAAAUUGUAGAAUGUAAUAAGAGCUAUUUAAACCUUCCUAUCAAUGAGUCUACCCUUCAGAUAUAGAGGUUAGAAUUUCUAAAGAAAAAACUUCUAGGUCGCACUUGCAUCCGGUUGAUGUGUGCUGUGGCUCUGUAAACAACAUGUCGGUCAUAACAAAAGUUCCCGAACCAAACUUGUGGGAGGAAAUAUGCAAAGAGUUUACACAUCAGAAGCCUCCUUUCACUCCUGAUGAUGAUGCAGCAUCUGUGACAACAGACUACAGUGACUAUGAUCCAUCUCGACACAAUCCCGUUUUUUACGGGAAAAUGUUUGCACCAGUGCGAACUGAUGAAGAUGCAACAGGAGAAUUUGAUGCAGCUGAUAGCCACCCAUCUUGUGUUGGUUUCACUUUUACUGAGAAGCCGCCAAAAGCAGCUAGCCCACCACCUCCAUUGCCCCCAAACAAGAAUACUUGUACUCCUACAGAAUACUUGAAUCACUAUGUCUUUCCAUGGCUCCUUCCUGCUCUAGAGGCAAUGCUGAAACAAGCAAAGCUUGAAAAAUGCUUUGAGGAAGAACCUCUGACUGAUGAAGAUAAAAGGCGUAGAACAAAGUUCAAUGCUUGUGACUUCAUCACUGAACAUUUGUACAGACAUAAUCCCAACUCAAAAAGUGAUGGGAGAGCAGACAUUGAGCUGUGGGACAUUCCUUUUGUGAAAGAGUGGCUGAAAGAUCACCCUCGCCCACCUCUACCAAUGUCUCUGAUUUGGACAGAUGAAGAAGCUGCCUUGAUCAUUCAGUCAUUCUGGAGAGGUUACUUGGUCCGGAGAGACCCAGAGGUGCAGGAGCUGAGAUGCUGGCAGAGAGAGUGGCGAGAGGAGAACAGGGGCAUACAACAUAGGGUCUCAGAGUUCUGGGAGAAACAGAUGCCGGAUGGAGACCAGCCCACUCCGAAUGCCUCAGAGCAACAGAUAGACCAGCUGAAGCCAGAGGAACCAAGUGUUGUGAUCAAAAGUCCAGUCCCCACCAGUGAAUAAAAUUGUUUGCUUUCCUCCACAUCAGUUUGAUUGAAAUGAGUCCGUAUCACUCUGAAAAACCACAGUGAGAUGUUUAUUAUUGAAAAAAAUGUUUGCAGAUUUAGUAUUGGCAAGGUCGCAUGAAGUCUACAAUUUAUAAAGAUAAGUAAUAUUAUAGAUGAUAAACAUAUUAUAUACAUCUGUUCAAAUGUUUUAUUAGUCCUAUAUAUAAAAUAUGGAGAAUUUUGACUGAGAAAUCAGGGAAACUUUUCUUCAUGCUGUAAGGAACUGUCACACUAUAAUGUACAGAAAUGUAUGCCAAGUUCAAAAGUAUUUUGAACCCACGGUAAAAACUGAGGUUUUGUCAUUUGUGCAGAGUGCAUAAAAUUGCAUUCAGUGAAGAGAAACCCUUGAAAAAUCAAGAUUUCAGCUUUGAAUUUUUCUGGAGGAAGUACAAACCCUGGUUCUACACUAUAGCUUAAUCCCUUAUUUUGAACACUACACUUUGUUUAGAUGAAAAAUAAGGCAGACAGUAUCAAUGAGUAAAAAAUAAAAAUAAGUCCACAAAAUAUAAAGCUAUAAAAAAAAACAGACGACCACAGUCAAUACAAUUUUCAUAUAACAAUAACAGUUAGGCAAUCAGAAGUGACAGAUCAAUACUUUUAUUUCGUAUUGCACAUGAACAGAUUAAAUACGGUAACACAAGUUCAUACUUUACAGGAAAAAAUGUUUUCCUUCUCCAGAACAAUUCAGAAUCGAAUUGAUAGCAUCUUGCAUAAAAUUUCAAAGAUGUUUUAAAGAACAUAAGUUAGUUCUACGAACAGUUACAUAUGCCCUGAAGCGUAGAAAAGUACAAAUUUUGAUUGCAAUCAGCACAAGAUCUCAGCAACAGGUAUUACUUGAAGUAUGUCUUACUCGAAUCAGCAACCAUGGUCAUGAUGAAAGUUGUAGGAGCACUUUUUUUGUGUUGAGGAGGGAUGAGUGGGUAAUGUUUUAGUGUUGCUUUCUCUUUCAAAGAUAUUAAUGUUUUAUUUGAUUGCUGAAAAGUCAAAAAGGAUGGGGCUAGAAGGUGACUACUCUGGGUGUUGCCUCACAGCGCACAAACUUGAUGACAAAAGCAUCCUCACUUAUGUACAGUUGCUGAUACAGCUCCUCAUGGUGAAAUAUUUCGAGUGCCUGGAGCAAGCGUUAAUAAUCUGGAAAAUGCUGAGAACUUUCCAAGUGUUUGCUUGAUCUUUUUAAUUAAGAUCACAUGUGUAAAUUCCACUGAAAAUGAGUUUCCCCAGCUGUGCAUGUUUUAUCGCUGUAAGGCGUUGUGUUGAAUUGCUAUGAUAUAAAUAAAAUCUGAACAAAAGAAUAACAU